CACUUCUGACCCAGCCUCGGCAGUUGCUAAGGAGCAUGGCUUAGGGACCUGACAGGCCGUGCACCCUCGUGAGGCUGUUUCCCAAGAGAACUUGGGGGCACGCACAGCCCCUGCAUUGCAGGGAAAAGAUGAUUCCUGCCCGGCUUUUGAGGGUGCUUCUUGUACUGAUCUUCACCUGGUCAGGGCCUCUUGGCACGGAAGGGACUGUGGGCCAGCUGACCACCGGCCGGUGCAGCCUUUUCGGAGAUGACUUCAUCAACACCUUGGACGAGAGCAUGUACAGCUUUGCGGGGGACUGUAGUUACCUGCUGGCUGGAGACUGUCAGAAGCACUCCUUCUCACUUAUCGGGGACUUCCACAAUGGCAAGAGAAUGGGCUUCUCUGUCUAUCUCGGGGAAUUUUUUGACAUCCAUAUGUUUGUCAAUGGUUCUGUGAUGCAGGGGACCCAAAGUGUCUCCAUACCUUAUGCCUCCAAUGGCCUGUAUUUGGAAACUGAGGCUGGGUCCUACAAGCUGUCCAGUGAGACCUAUGGUUUUGUGGCCAGGAUUGAUGCUAGUGGUAACUUCCAAGUCCUGCUGUCAGACAGAUACUUCAACAAGACUUGUGGGCUGUGUGGAAACUUCAAUAGGUUCGCAGAAGAUGACUUUAUGACUCAGGAAGGGACCUUGACCUCAGACCCCUAUGAUUUUGCCAACUCCUGGGCCCUGAGCAGUGAACAGAGGUGCAAGCGGGCAUCCCCUCCCAGCAGCUCCUGCAACGUCUCCUCCGGGGAAAUGCAAAAGGGCCUGUGGGAGCGAUGCCAGCUCCUGAAGAGCGCCUCGGUGUUCGCCCGCUGCCACCCCUCGGUGGACCCCGAGCCCUUCGUCGCCCUGUGCGAGAGCAGUCGGUGCGCGUGCUCCCAGGGCAGAGACUGCGCGUGCGCCGUGCUCCAGGAGUACGCCCGCGCCUGCGCACGGGAGGGCGUCGUGCUGUACGGCUGGACUGAGCACAGCACCUGCCGACCGGCCUGCCCCGCUGGCAUGGAGUAUACGGAGUGUGUGUCCCCUUGCACCAGAACCUGCCAGAGCCUGCACAUCAAUGGAGUGUGUCAGGAGCAGUGUGUUGACGGCUGCAGCUGCCCUGAUGGGCAGCUACUUGAUGAAGAUCGAUGUGUGGAGCCAGCCGAGUGUUCCUGUGUGCAUUCUGGGAAGCGCUACCCUCCUGGCUCCUCUCUUUCACAGGACUGCAACACCUGCAUUUGCCGAAAUAGCCUGUGGGUGUGCAGCAACGAAGAGUGUCCAGGCGAAUGUCUGGUCACUGGCCAAUCCCACUUCAAGAGCUUUGACAACAAGUACUUCACCUUCAGUGGCAUCUGCCAGUACCUGCUGGUCCGGGACUGCCAAGACCACUCCUUCACCAUUUGCGCUGAUGAUCCUGACGCUGUGUGCACCCGCUCAGUCGCCAUCCGGCUGCCCCUUCUGCACAACACCCUUGUGAAGCUGAAGCAUGGCGGCGGCGUGGCCAUGGACGGCCAGGACAUCCAGCUGCCCUUCCUGAGAGGCGACCUCCGCAUCCAGCCCUCGGUGAUGGCAUCGGUGCGCCUCAGCUAUGGAGAGGACCUGCAGCUGGACUGGGACGGCCGCGGGAGGCUGCUGGUGAAGCUGUCCCCCACCUACGUCGGGAAGACCUGCGGCCUGUGUGGCAAUUACAACGGCAACAAGGGCGACGACUUCCUCACUCCUGGCGGCCUGGCGGAGGCCCUGGUGGAAGACUUCGGGAACGCCUGGAAGCUGCAUGGGGACUGCCAGGACCUAAAGAAGCAGGCCAGGGACCCCUGUAACCUCAACCCCCGCCUGACCAGGUUUGCAGAGGAGGCAUGUGCUGUCCUGAUUUCCAACAAGUUCCAGCCCUGCCACCAUGCUGUCAGCCCUCAGCCCUACCUGCGGAACUGCCGCUAUGACGUGUGCGCCUGCUCCGAUGGCAGAGACUGCCUGUGCCAUGCUGUGGCCAGCUACGCCUCAGCCUGCGCCCGCAGAGGCGUGGGCAUCGCGUGGCGGGAGCCCAGCUUCUGUGCCCUGGACUGCCCCCAGGACCAGGUGUACCUGCAGUGUGGGACCGCCUGCAACCUCACAUGCCGCUCCCUCUCUUACCCGGAUGAGGAAUGCAACGAGGUCUGUCUCGAGGGCUGCUUCUGCCCCCCAGGACUCUACCUGGAUGAGAGGGGGGACUGUGUACCCAAGGCCCAGUGCCCUUGCUACUAUGACGGUGAGAUCUUCCAGCCUGAAGACGUCUUCUCAGAUCAUCAUACCAUGUGCUACUGCGAGGAUGGUGUCAUGCACUGCACCACAAGUGGAGUCCCGGGAAGCCUGUUGCCAGACAUUGUCCUCAGCAGCCCCCUGUCUCACCGCAGCAAGAGGAGCCUCUCCUGUCGGCCCCCCAUGGUCAAGCUGGUGUGUCCUGCUGACAGCCCCCGGGCCGAAGGGCUGGAGUGUGCCAAGACCUGCCAGAACUACGAGCUGGAGUGCAUGAGCUCGGGCUGCGUCUCCGGCUGCCUCUGCCCGCCGGGCAUGGUCCGGCAUGAAAACAGAUGCGUGGCCCUGGAAAGGUGUCCCUGUUUCCAUCAGGGCAAAGAGUACGCCCCCGGGGAAGUGGUCAAGAUUGACUGCAACACUUGUGUCUGCCGGGACCGGAAGUGGAACUGCACGGACCACGUAUGUGACGCUACGUGCUCUGUCAUGGGCAUGGCCCACUACCUCACCUUUGACGGGCUCAAGUACAUGUUCCCGGGGCAGUGCCAGUAUGUCCUGCUGCAGGAUCAAUGUGGGGGCAACCCUGGAACCUUCCAGAUCCUGGUGAGGAAUGAGGGAUGCGGCUACCCCUCAGCGAAAUGCAAAAAGCGGGUCACCAUCCUGAUGGAUGGAGGAGAGAUUGAAUUGUUUGAUGAGGAGGUGAUUGUGAAGAAGCCCCUUAAGGACUCCACUCACUUUGAGGUGGUGGAAUCGGGCCGGUAUGUCAUUCUGCUGCUGGGCAGAGGGCUCUCUGUGGUCUGGGACCACCACCUGGCCAUCUCCGUGGUCCUGAAGCAGACAUACCAGGAGCAAGUGUGUGGCCUGUGUGGGAAUUUUGAUGGCAUCCAGAACAAUGACUUCACCAGCAGCAACCUCCAACUGGAAGAAGACCCAGUGGACUUUGGGAACUCCUGGAAGGUGAACCCGCAGUGUGCCGACACCAGGAAAGUGCCGCUGGACGCCACCCCUGCCACUUGCCACAACAACCUCAUGAAGCAGGCGAUGGUGGAUUCCUCCUGCAGGAUCCUGACCAGUGACCUUUUCCAGGGCUGCAACAAGCUGGUGGACCCCGAGCCGUACCUGGAGGCCUGCAUUUACGACACCUGCUCCUGCGAGUCCAUUGGGGACUGCGCCUGUUUCUGCGAUACCGUUGCUGCCUAUGCCCAUGCCUGUGCCCAGCACGGCCUGGUGGUGACCUGGAGGACGGCCACGCUGUGCCCCCAAAGCUGCGAGGAGAGGAAUGUGCGGGAAAACGGGUAUGAGUGCGAGUGGCGCUAUAACAGCUGUGCCCCCGCCUGCCCCGUCACUUGCCAGCACCCGGAGCCCCUGGUGUGUCCUGUGCAGUGUGUGGAGGGCUGCCACGCACACUGCCCCCCAGGGAAAAUCCUGGAUGAGCUUUUGCAGACCUGCGUCGACCUCGAUGACUGCCCUGUGUGUGAGGUGGCUGGCCGGCGCUUACCCCCGGGCAAGAAAGUCACCUUGAACCCCAGUGACCCCAAGCACUGCCAGAUCUGUGAAUGCGAUGGUACCAAUCUGACCUGUGAAGCCUGCCCCGCGGGGCCAGGAGGCCCCGGGCUGCCCCCCACAGAAGUUCCGGUCAGUGCCACCACGCCGUACGUGGAGGAGGAUAUCCCCGAGGUCCCCAUGCACGACCUGUACUGCAGCAAGCUGCUCGACCUGGUCUUCCUGCUCGACGGCUCCUCCAAGCUGUCCGAGGCCGAGUUUGAGGUGCUGAAGGCCUUUGUGGUGGGCAUGAUGGAGCGGCUGCACAUCUCCCAGAAACGCAUCCGGGUGGCCCUGGUGGAGUACCAUGACGGCUCACACUCUUACAUCGAACUCAAGGACCGGAAGCGGCCCUCGGAGCUGCGGCGCAUUGCGGGCCAGGUGAAGUACGCGGGCAGCCAGGUGGCUUCCACCACCGAGGUCCUGAAGUACACGCUGUUCCAGGUCUUCAGCAAGGUGGACCGCCCCGAAGCCUCCCGCGUGGUCCUGCUCCUGACAGCCAGCGAGGAGCCACCCCGGCUGGCCCGGAACUUGGCCCGCUAUGCACAGGGCCUGAAGAAGAAGAAGGCCAUCGUGAUCCCAGUGGGCCUCGGGCCCCACGCCAGCCUCAAGCAGCUCCGCCUCAUCGAGAAGCAGGCCCCCGAGAACAAGGCCUUCGUGCUCAGCAGCGUGGAUGAGCUGGAGCAGAGGAGGGACGAGAUUAUCAACUACCUCUGCGACCUGGCACCCGAAGCCCCAGCCUCAACUCAGCCCCCCGACAUGGCCCAAGUCACUGUGGGUCCUGGCCUUUCGAAGGACCCAUCCCUGGGGCCCACGAGGAAGUCCCUGGCCCUGGAUGUGGCAUUUGUCCUGGAAGGCUCAGACAAGGUUGGCGAGGCCAGCUUCAACCGCUGCAGGGAGUUCAUGGAGGAGGUGAUCCGGCGGAUGGACGUGGGCCAGGACAGCAUCCACGUCACUGUGCUACAGUACUCGUACGUGGUCACGGUGGAGCACACCUUCCGUGAGGCACAGUCCAAGGCUGGCAUCCUGCAGCGCGUGCGGGAGCUACGCUACCUGGGUGGCAACAGGACCAACACCGGGCUGGCCCUACAGUACCUCUCUGAGCACAGCUUCUCCUCCAGCCAGGGGGACCGUAAGCAGGCCCCCAACCUGGUCUACAUGGUCACAGCCAACCCCGCCUCUGACGAGAUCAAGCGGCUGCCUGGAGACAUCCAGCUGGUGCCCAUUGGAGUGGGGCCUCAUGCCAGUGCGCAGGAGCUGGAGAAGAUGGGCUGGCCCAACGCACCCAUUCUCAUCCAGGACUUUGAGACUCUUCCCCGAGAGGCCCCAGACCUGGUGCUGCAGAGGUGCUGCUCAGAGGAGGGGCUGAGGAUCCCUACCCUCGCCCCAGCCCCAGACUGCAGCCAGCCCCUGGAUGUGGUUCUUCUCCUGGAUGGCUCCUCUGGUGUUUCACCCACUUCCUUUGAGGAAAUGAAAAGCUUCGCCAAGGCCUUCAUCGCCAAGGCCAACAUAGGGCCGCAUCGCACCCAGGUGUCAGUGUUGCAGUACGGGAGCAUCACCACCAUCGAUGUGCAGUGGACCGUGGCCCUGGAGCCCACCCAGUUAAUCAGCUUGGUGGACCCCAUGCAGCAGGAAGGUGGCCCCAGCCAAGUUGGGGAUGCUUUGGGCUUUGCUGUGCGGUACAUAACUUCAGAAGUGCAUGGUGCCAGGCCUGCAGCCUCUAAGGCAGUGGUCAUCCUGGUGACAGACGUAUCCAUGGACUCGGUGGACGCAGCUGCUACCGCCGCCAGGGCCAGCCGAGUGACAGUAUUCCCUAUUGGAAUUGGGGAUCGGUAUGAUGCAUCCCAGCUGAGGACCUUGGCCGGCCCAGGGGCCAGUUCCAACGUGGUGAAGCUCCAGCGGAUUGAAGACCUUCCCACCAUGGUUACCCUGAGCAAUUCCUUCUACCACAAGCUGUGCUCUGGGUUCCUUACAGUUUGCAUGGAUGAGGAUGGGAACGAGAAGAGGCCUGGGGACAUCUGGACCUUACCAGACCAGUGCCAUACAGUGACCUGCCUGCCAGAUGGCCAGACUUUGCUGCAGAGUCACCGGGUGAACUGUGACCGAGGACCGAGGCCUUCAUGCCCCAACAACCACUCCCCUGUUAAGGUGGAGGAGACCUGUGGUUGCCGCUGGACCUGCCCUUGUGUGUGCAUGGGGAGCUCGACCCGACAUAUCGUGACCUUUGAUGGGCAAAACUUCAGGCUGACUGGUAGCUGUUCCUAUGUCCUAUUUCAAAGCCAGGAGCAGGACCUGGAGGUGAUCCUUCAUAAGGGUGCCUGCAGCCCCGGAGCACAGCAGACAUGUAUGAAAUCCAUUGAGGUGAAGCACCGUGGCCUCGCCGUGGAGCUCCACGGUGACAUGGAGGUGACUGUUAAUGGGAAACUAGUCUCUGUCCCUUACGUGAGUGGGGACAUGGAUGUCAGUAUUUAUGGUGCCAUCAUGCAUGAGAUCAGAUUCAACCACAUUGGCCACAUCUUGACGUUCACUCCACAAAACAGUGAAUUCCAGUUUCAGCUUAGUCCCAAGACUAUUGCUUCAAAGAUGCAUGGUCUGUGUGGAACCUGUGAUGAGAAUGGGGCCAAUGACUUCAUGCUGAAGGAUGGCACUGUCACCGCAGACCAGGGGGCACUCAUCCAGGAGUGGACCGUACACCAGCCAGGGCAGGCCUGUCAGCCCAUUUCUGAGGGGCAGUGCCCUGUCUCUACCAGCACCCACUGCCAGGUCCUCCUCUCGGCUCUGUUUGCUGAGUGCCACAAAGUUCUUGCUCCAGCGACCUUUUAUGCCAUGUGCCAGCAGGACAGCUGUCACCAAGAGCAAGUGUGUGAGGUGAUUGCUUCCUACGCCCACCUCUGUCGGGCCGGCGGGGUCUGCGUCGACUGGAGGACGGCUGGUUUCUGCGCUCUGUCGUGUCCACACCCCCUGGUGUACAGCCCUUGUGAGCAGGGCUGUCCUCAGCACUGUGAGGGCAACACAAGCGCCUGUGGAGACCGCCCCUCGGAAGGCUGCUUCUGCCCCCCGAGUGAAGUCCUGCUGGAAGGCAGCUGUGUCCCUAAGGAGGCCUGCACCCAGUGUGUCAGCGAGGACGGAGCUCGGCACCAGUUUCUGGAAACCUGGGUCCCAGAGCACCAACCCUGUCAGAUCUGCACAUGCCUCAGUGGGCGGAGGAUCAACUGCACCUCACAGCCCUGCCCCACAGCCAGAGCUCCCACAUGUGGCCCGUGUGAAGUGGCUCGCCUCCAUCAGAAUCCAGGCCGAUGCUGUCCAGAGUAUGAGUGUGCAUGUGACUUGGUGAACUGUGACUUGCCCCCCGUGCCUCCCUGUGGAGAUGGCCUACAGCCGACACUGACCAAUCCUGGCGAGUGCAGACCUGCCUUCACCUGUGCCUGCAGGAAAGAGGAGUGUGGACAGGUGUCCCCACCCUCCUGCCCACCCCACCGUACACCGACUCUUCAGAAGACCCAGUGCUGUGAUGAGUAUGAGUGUGCCUGCAGCUGUGCCAACUCUACAGUGAGCUGUCCAAUGGGGUACCUGGCCUCAGUCAUCACCAACGACUGUGGCUGCACCACAACCACCUGCCUUCCCGACAAGGUGUGUGUUCACCAUGGCACCAUCUACCCCGUGGGCCAGUUCUGGGAGGAGGGCUGCGAUGUGUGCACCUGCACUGACAUGGAGGAUGCUGUGGUGGGCCUGCACGUGACCCAGUGCUCCCAGAAGACCUGUGAAGAUGGCUGUAGGUCGGGCUUCACGUAUGUCCUCCGUGAAGGUGAAUGCUGUGGGAGGUGCCUGCCGUCUGCCUGUGAGGUGGUGUCCGGCUCACGGCGGGGGGAUUCCCAGUCCUACUGGAAGAGUGUUGGCUCUCGUUGGACCUCCCCUGAGGACCCCUGUCUCCUCAACGAGUGCGUGCGAGUGAAGGAGGAGGUCUUUGUGCAGCAGAGAAAUGUCUCCUGCCCGCAGCUGGAAGUCCCCACCUGCCCCACAGGCUUCCAGUUGAGCUGCAAGACCUCCGAGUGCUGCCCCACCUGUCGCUGCGAGCCCGUGCAGGCCUGUGUGCUCAAUGGCACCGUCAUCGAGCCUGGGAAGAGUCUGAUGAUCGACGUGUGUACAACUUGCCGCUGCACCGUGCGGGUGGGGGUCAUCUCAGGGUUCAAGCUGGAGUGCAGGAAGACCACCUGCCAGGCCUGCCCAUCGGGGUACAAGGAGGAGAGGGCCCAAGGUGAGUGCUGUGGGAGAUGCCUGCCGAUGGCCUGCACCAUUCAGCUCCGAGGAGGCCAAGUCAAGACUCUGCAGCGUAAUGAGACUUUCCAGGAUGGCUGUGAUAGCCACUUCUGCAAGGUCAACGAGCACGGAGAGUUCAUCUGGGAGAAGAGGGUCACCGGCUGCCCACCCUUUGAUGAGCGCACAUGUCUGGCCCAGGGCGGGAAAAUCAUGAACAUUCCAGGCACCUGCUGUAACGCAUGUAAGGAGCCCGAAUGCAAGGAUAUCACAGCCCGGCUGCAGUAUGUCAAAGUGGGAGAUUGCAAGUCUGAAGAGGAAGUGGACAUUCACUACUGCCAGGGCAAAUGUGCCAGCAAGGCCGUGUACUCCAUCGACACCGAGGACGUGCAGGACCAGUGCUCCUGCUGCUCGCCGUCGCAGAUCACGCCCAUGUCGGUGCCCCUGCGCUGCCUCAAUGGCUCCGUGGUGUACCACCAGGUCCUCAACGCCCUGCAGUGCCAGUGCUCCCCCCGGAAGUGCAGCAAGUGAGGCCGGACCAGCUGGUGCCUGCGCACCAGACACUCGGUCCUCUGCAUGUGCUGCUCUUGGGCCCUGCUGGGCCCACAAUAAAGUCCACUCUAGUGUGUGGAACAAGGCUGA